AUGGUCCUCACAGUCCAUCAUCUGGGAAUCUCCCAAUCAAAAAGGAUACUCUGGCUACUGGAGGAGCUCGGCAUCCAAUAUGAGCUCGUCAAACAUGUCCGAGCACCCGCCCUGGCGCCUCAGAGCCUGAUGAACGUCCCUGGCAAUGCUACUGGCAAAGCACCUUUCGUGGCGGAUUCCGACACUGGCGUGACCUUGAGCGAAUCCGGAGCGAUAUGCGAAUACAUUAUCCAUCGAUAUGGGAGUGGUAAAUUCGCUAUACCACCGACGGCUGAUGCAAAGACCUAUGCGGCAUAUUUGUACUGGUUGCACUUCUCCAAUGGGACAUUGCAAGCUGCUAUGGUCAACUCGAUGUUUACCCGUCCGAUGGCGGAUACACAUUUCGCCAAGAGUGCGAACAAACGCCUUGAAGACGCAGUGCAGGUGAUGGACGACAGGCUGGCAGAGACCAAAUGGUUGGCCGGCUCAGAGUUCACAGCGGCAGAUGUUAUGUCUGUCUACCCUGUGACGACGCAGCGAUACUUUGGACCUCAAAUGGACUUCACACCCUACAAGAAUGUCCUACGAUGGCUAAAGGACUGUGGUGCGAGACCGGCGUACCAGAAGGCGAUGGAGAAGGGUGAUCCUGAGAUGAGAUUGCUGCUUGGUGGUGAGGCGCCUAGUGAGAGCAUUCUGGUGUCAGGAGGUGUGAACUCGAAGGGCUGGAGGAAGGCUUGA